AUGAUGGCCCUUCUGUCCAACCAGCGGGCCGCCGGCCUCGUUGGCCUCACGCUCUUUAUCUUCUUGCUGCUCGGCUACACCACCUACAACUCGCGCGCCGCCGACACGGUCCCGUUCGAUUACCAGCCCGGGAAGCAAGCUGCCGGGACUGGCGCUCCCACCCUCUCGCAGCCCGGCCCCGCCGACGGCUGGGCCUUCGACGCGAAGCGGGAUGCAAAGAACUUUGGUCUCUCGCCGGAGCAGUGCGAUGCUGCCUUCCCUAAGCUGUGGGCUGAAAUCGACCGCGCCGUCGCCCACCGCAAGAAAGUCGGCAACAUCACCCCCGACGAGGUGAAGAUCGGCUGGAAGAUUGAUGGAAUUGUCCGCGCCAUGAUUUAUGACCGCCAGCUCUUCAUCCUUAACGCCCGUGGUGCUCGUCGUCGUGACUACCGCCAGCGUACCCUCGCUGUGCUCCAGUCCAUCCAACGCGCCAUCACCGCCUACCCCGGCGACAUUCCCAACAUUGAGUUCUCCUUCGUCGUCGACGACGGUGCCUACUUCGCCGUCUACAACAAUGAAACCUCCGCAACCACCUGGGCCUUGACCCGCGAGCCGCAGGACGACAACCUGUGGCUGAUGCCCGACUUUGGCUUCUACAGCUGGGAGGGCCCGGCUGGCGAAUACAGCGCGCUUCUGAGGGCAAUUGCGAAGGACGAGAUGCCCUUCGAGCAGAAGGAUCCCCGUGCUAUUUGGAGAGGUGCCAAGGCUCCUGCUGGCCACGUCCAGGUCCGCUCCGACCUGCUCAAGGUCUCCAAGGGCAAGGACUGGGCCGACAUUGAGGAGAUUGUGUGGGGCGGUGAAGGCGAGCCCAAGAACCUGAUUCCCAUGUCGAAGCACUGCAAGUACAUGUUCCCGGUUCACACCGAGGGCCACACGUACUCCGGCCGCCUCAAGUACCUGCUCAACUGCCACUCUCUGACCGUCAUCCACAAGCUGCACUGGCUCGAGAACUUCCACAACGUUCUGGUUUCCUCCGGCCCAGAGCAGAACUUCAUCCAGGUCGAACGUGAUUUCUCCGACAUGCACUGGAAGAUGGAAUACUAUCUGCAGCACCAGGAUGAGGCCAAGCGUAUCGCCGACAACAGCAUCCGGGAUUUCCGUGACCGCUACCUGACCCCGGCCGCCCAGGCUUGCUACUGGCGCAAGCUCUUCUGGGCAUGGAGGGAGGUCUCGUUCGAGCCUGAUUACUACAUGUCUGAGGAGGAGCUGAAGCUGCAGACGGAAGCUGAGAAGAAAAAGGCAAAGGACAAGCAAAAGGUUGACGUCAAGCUCGACGAGGACAAGUCGUCGAAGGAGAAGGCUAAAGGGAAGGAGGAAACCAAGAACCCCGACGACGAAAAGAGGGCGGCUUCGGACAAGAAGCUGGUACCGCGCGGAAUGCCCUACGAGACGUACCUUCUGCUCGAGUCCUACGAGGAGAGCCCGUGGUACAACAGCUAA